GCAGUAGGUUCAUAGUGAGAAUGAAGAAUGGAGAUGACUCGAAAUUUGCCCUGUUCAACGAUUUAGUCAGAUCUUUUCCCGGUUGGCUCGAUAAAAGUUCGAUCUGCGACAAGGAUAUGCCACUGCGGGAUUUACACGUGGGUACUCUGCUACUGACUAGUAAAAGAGAGAUCAAAAAUAAUUUCUCAGAUACCCCACGCACCUUCAUGUCGUCGUAUUCGCCUCUCCAAAUGCAUGAUCUAGAUCAUCAGCCUGAAGACACUGAAGGUGAUAUUCUCCUCCCCGGCAAACACAUCCCCGAGCACCGCACUGUGAACCCCUCAUCUAAAUGGCCUGCUUGGGCAGCGCUAGUGCUACAGGUCAUCGCAGUUAUUUGCGCGUGCGCAUUGUAUAACGUUGCCUCUGCCUCUGUUCCUGGGCAGCGCAAUGUCCAAACGUUGCGUCAGCAAAACCAGUUUCCAGGCAUAGAAUCGGUGGGCAGCCCUCAACAAAAGCAAAGGGCACCAAAGUUGUACUUUCCAAGCGCCAUAGUACGGGUGAACAAAGCAUUGCCUGACCAAGUGUAUAAUUCAGGCUCGCACGUCAUACUGAGCGACAGCGACUCGAUGUUCUUUCAGUGGCACCUCGGCCAGUCCAAAUUCACCUCUUGCUACAUCGACAGCAUCGUUCCCACCGUUGAAGAUGGUCUUGCAGCCAACAAGUCCUAUACUUCAUCUGGGUCAAUCACCGAAAUCCAAAUUUGGAAUGUUACCACUCCUGUCGAGGGCAUGACGAACCUCAGCUGGAACACACGACCCCAACGAAUUGCACUAAUGGGCACUGUCGCGUUCCUUCCUGAGAAAGAGAAGAUUGAGCAGCUAGGACUCGAAGAUGGCUGGCAAUCACAGCUGGCAACGCGGUUCUCGUGUGGGAAGGAAGCGGUUGUUAUUACCGUCGAGGUUGCAUGCAAUAGUUGUAGACUUGAAUUCGAGCAAAUAUUCUCGGUUCCUCCGUUGGCUUUCGACCUGAUGGAAAUAGGAUAAGUAUCAUUCAGAAAUGAAUUUCAAACUCCGUCGGCACUUUUUUACAUGGUUUCUAUUUCCUAUAUAGCCCCGAACGAGAGAGCGUCUGUAAGAUAAUGGUGGAGCCUGGCGAGAAAAACGUCGACAAACUCGUUCGCCAAAUUGCUAGUUGUGAAAACCAUUCCUAUAUUGCAAC